UGCAAUAUAACAGUUUUUUACAGUACUAACUUUCUUAUAUUAGCAAUUUUCUUUAAAUAUAUUAUUUUUUGUAAAAAUAUUUCAAUCCAUUUAUAUAUUUCUUUUUUUUUUAACUCUAGAAGGUGAACUUUACUAUAGUGUAUUUUUAUAAUUAAAAAUACAUUAGACCGAAUUUAAAUUUUUAGAGUUUUUCUAUUUUCGAAAAAUAUAUAAUUAAAAAUGCUCUACUAUUUUAAGAAUUGAAAAUUGAAGAACUCUUAUUAGUAAAUUUUUCUUCUUUUUAGUAGUUAGAGGAAGAAAAGAACCAGUAAAAAAUCAAUUUCCAAAUUCAUAAUUAUGCAAAUGUAAGGCUAUAUAUAGCAUAAAUAAAAAUAAAACUAUAAUUCCGGUUCAAUCAGCUUUGAUCAAACAGCUUUCACCGGAGGCUAUUAGUGGAUUUAGUAAUGGGCUCAUUAGAAGGCGAGGCUUCAAUAUAGAAAAGCCCAUCAAAAGGGAGAGAUAUUUCUCUCUCACACAAAAUUCAAAAAAUAAAAGAGAGCUCAGAUCAUACCGCCACUAUAAGAAAAACGCAGAGAAAACUUGCUUCGGAAGUUCAAAAUCGAAGAUGACUGAGUUCCCUUCUUCGAUCGAGAGCGAAGUCGCGUCGUCUCUCCUCCUCCUCUCCUCCGAUCCAAUCGUCUUCUCUUCACGAAGUAGCGACAGAUCUGGAUCUGAGGAGGGAAAUCGCUCGCUGUGUGGUGAAAUCGAUGGUCAAGUAAGCAUGAGCUUUGUGUCUAAGAGAUCGUGCGAUUCGGCUAUCUCCAACAGUGGCUCGUCGUAUCGGAAGCGCUCUGAGGAUGACUUCAUGAACUUCAAGAUUGCUAGAAAACGCCGCACGAAUGUGGUUUACAGCUCUGUUGAUUCCAAGUUGGUAACUCAUUCGAAGAAUCGAGAGAUUGAUGAUCUCUCCAAGGAGGAGUCUUGCUUGUCUACAGGCUCCAACGAGGUUUCAAGCACGGAGAGCAGGAUCAUAGCAGCGAGCUGUGAGAAACCGCACAGAGAUUCAAAGAAGAAAGAGAGCCACAGGUCGAGUUCCAUUAGACGUAAAGCUGGAAAGAUCAUGGAGUUUCUUGACACCAGCGCCUCUUCUGAACUUAAAAUCCGUCAGGUGCUUGGAGAUAAUGCAGAUACAAGUAAAGCUCUCAGAAUGCUGGUGAAGAUUGGUUAUGUGAAGAGGUCUGGAGCAGGAGGAAAGCAUCACCCCUUUAUUUACAAGACUGCAUGACGAAACUAAACUAGUGCUUGAGGCAGGUCACACUUUAUCCUCCUCCUCCUCCGACCUUCUGUUUAUACACGGUACGAGUUCAUCCUGCUGAGACUGGUUACUAAACUAAAAGCUAUAACGGACAUAAUACAUAUACUAUAUACAUUUAUAUGGUCUAAACAUACGUAUGGAAUACUUAAGCACUUCCAUGAACUGAGAGAGGUGGCUUACUAUAGUCAUUACCUCUGCCAUCAUCCCAUCUCAGUUCAUGAACUUAAAGAAUGUGCUUUCUUUCGUAAUCAUAAAGUCUCCAUUGACAAUAUAUAACACUACCGUCUUUGUUCUUCCUAA